AUGUUCCAGCCCCAGUUCUUUAAGCACAAGCUGGACGAUUUCUGUUCAAAAACGGCCACCGAAUGGCAUCUGAUCCCGCCCAGUGCUCCACAUUUUGGCGGCCUCUGGGAGGCCGGGGUUCGAUGCGCCAAAUAUCACCUCAAGCGAAUUACUGGCACUGCCAACAUGAACUUCGAGGAAUAUAGUACAGUACUUACUCGAAUUGAAGCUGUGCUUAACUCGAGGCCAAUCACGCCGAUGUCAGUGGAUCCAACCGACACGCAACCUCUUACUCCAGGACAUUUCUUGGUCGGUCGCCCAUUGACCGAUAUCGCCGAACCUGACAUCACCGACCGCAAGGAAACGACACUUUCUCGUUGGCAGCGACAGACGCAGAUGGUACAGCAUUUUUGGGCUCGCUGGUCCCACGACUAUAUCACAACACUACAGAAUCGAAAUAAAUGGCACAAACGUUUCGCUGUUAAACCGGGACUUAUGGUGAUCGUACGCGAAGACAAUCUUCCGACAAUGCAGUGGAGACUAGGGAGAAUCAACAACGUCAUUCCGGGCCCAGACGGCUUGGUGCGAGUGGCCGAUGUUCGUGUGGGUGGAAAAAUGAUCAGACGACCUAUCGCUAAAUUGUGCCUGCUCCCAAUUGAGGAUAACGACCUUGCUCAGGUCCCAGUAGAUAACGAAGAGAGUAGCAAUUGA